AAAUAUCACUCUUCAAAAUCAGUUAGUUCUUUAAAUGUAUACUUGAACUCAACCUGAAUAUAUCGAAUCAAAAUUAUACUGACGCUACCAUUAUCAUUAUAAUGACCCUAUCGUGGACCGAUUGAAAGAUAAAGUAGACACCUUAACUGCCUAUAUAUAUAUUUAUACUAAUGACAACAAAUGUGCGCAGUACCAAAUCUGUAGACGUAGCAACCGGUCGUGCAAUGAGUUUCUCCGACAAAGUAGUGAUCGUGACCGGCGCUAGCUCGGGCAUCGGAGCUGCUACUGCUGUGCUCUUCAGCCACAGUGGAGCCAGGGUAGUGCUGGUGGGCAGGAACCAAGAUAAACUGAAAAAUGUUGUUGAAAAAUGCAACAAAGGAGGCACCGCUUCCCUAGCGGUGGUCGCAGACAUCAGUAAAGACAGCGAUGUUGAGAAGAUAUUUAAACAAACCAUCGACACAUUUGGCAAACUGGACAUCCUUGUUAACAACGCAGGGAUAGUUGUCCACGGAAGCAUACUCAAUGGCAAUCUACUGCAAGCGUAUGACCAAACCAUGCAAACGAACAUGCGAGCUGUUAUCAAACUGACAACCCUUGCUGCACCCUAUCUGAUCGAAUCGAAAGGCUGCAUCGUAAACGUAUCAAGUACUGAAGGAAAGAGGUCGUUGAUGACACACCACCUAUCCUACAUGGUCAGCAAGGCCGCUUUAGACCAUUUCACGAGAGGAGCCGCUUUGGAAUUAGCACCUAAUGGGGUCAGAGUAAACUCAAUUAGUCCUGGACCUGUGAGAACGAAUAUUUUGGAAAAUAGUGGCCUGAAUAAUAUAGUUAAAUGGGACGACAUCGCAAAGACAAUGUUACUGGACAGAAUUUCUGAGUCAGAGGAGAUCGCUGAGCUCAUUCUAUAUUUAGCCAGCGAGAAGGCCAAAGGUAUCACUGGAUCAGACUUCGUUUGCGACAAUGGUGCUCUCUUGGGUAGCAAGGAACCCUUAAACUAUGUUAGAUAAUUUUGUUUUCAUAAACUUUAGUUAUAAGAAUAUUGGCACACAUAUAUCCUACAACAAGCCAACAUGACUUGGGUUUGCCGCUUCUUUCGGGACCAGAAGUCCUACCGCGAAACAUAGCACGUUUUAAAAGUCUUGGUGGCGCCAUCUAUUAUCUUUAUGUUCAAAACUAAAAUAUAACAAAAUUAAAUUGAAAAUUCUAAUUAUUUCUAUAUCAGACUUUAAUCGAUAAAAACAAUUUGUUUAUAUUCUGUUUACACCUUUCUACAAAAUUUUAAAGUAAAUCGUCUCCGUGGUU